GCUGCGUCGCUCCGAGGAGCCUUCACCGGGCGCGUCGUGUUGCUCGGUGGCGGUGCGAGAGCAGACCGGGCCGCGAUUAUGGUUCGGAGAGAGAGGCGGUGGACAGGCAGUCGGAUUUAGCGCGAAGAGACGGUUUGACUUGAUGGCUCCGAAACCGGACCCGAGACCCAAAUUUCAGGAAGGUGAACGUGUCUUGUGUUUCCAUGGGCCAUUGCUUUAUGAGGCAAAGUGUGUAAAGGUUGCUAUAAAGGACAAACAAGUGAAGUACUUCAUACAUUAUAGUGGCUGGAAUAAAAAUUGGGAUGAAUGGGUUCCGGAGAGCCGCGUGCUGAAGUAUGUGGACACAAACCUGCAAAAGCAGAAGGAACUACAAAAGGCUAAUCAAGAGCAAUGGGCAGAGGGCAAGAUGAGGGGCGCUGCACCAGCCAAGAAGGCUUCCACCAUGCAACAGAAGAAUGUUGAAAUAAAAACGAAGAAGAAUAAACAGAAAGCCCCCACAGCUGGUGAUGGAAGUAGCACUAGUGAAACGCCGCAACCACCCAGGAAGAAAAGGGCAAGAGUGGACCCCACAAUGGAAAGUGAGGAGACAUUUAUGAACAGAGUAGAAGUAAAGGUUAAAAUUCCAGAGGAGUUGAAACCGUGGCUCGUGGAUGAUUGGGACCUGAUCACUCGUCAAAAACAGCUGUUUCACCUGCCUGCUAAAAAGAAUGUAGACACAGUCUUGGAAGAAUAUGCCAACUACAAAAAGUCACGUGGGAACACAGACAAUAACAAGGAAUAUGCUGUUAAUGAAGUAGUUGCAGGAAUAAAGGAAUAUUUCAAUGUGAUGUUGGGGACACAACUGCUGUAUAAAUUUGAGAGGCCACAAUAUGCAGAGAUCUUGGCCGAUCAUCCAGAUGCACCUAUGUCACAGAUUUAUGGAGCACCACAUCUCCUUCGAUUGUUUGUGCGAAUAGGAGCAAUGUUGGCGUAUACACCUCUUGAUGAGAAGAGUCUAGCCUUGCUGCUGAAUUACUUGCACGAUUUCUUAAAGUACUUGGUGAAGAACGCUUCGAGUCUCUUUAGUCCAAGUGAUUAUGAAGUGGCACCACCGGAAUAUCAUCGCAAAGCAGUGUGACUUUGGUAAUUGAAAUGCCUUUAUCCUUCAUUUAUUGUGACUUUUUUUGUUUUUUUUUUUGCUUAUGUAACUUUUUGUACGGAUGAACCAAUCGACAACGCACUCUGUACCAGUGUUACCUGUAGCAAUGAAGUUCCAAGUGUCACCUGUGGCCAUUUUAGUGAAUGUCGGCAUUAACGGUUAUUCGUUCUACUCAUGGGUUUUUGUGUGGGAAUGUCACAGUAGAUUAAACCAAAUAAUUUGUUUUCUUCCUCCUUGAAUCUUCCGAUUUGUAUUUAAAGAGAAGCUUUUAAUGAAUAUAACUUUAUAAUCAUGAUUCUGUGUUGUAGCCAUCGAGUUUCUGCCAUGACCCAAGUUUGACUGGUAAACUAAUUUAAACAUUAGUUCCUGGAUAGCCAGAAAUGUCAUUGUGACAUUUUUUCAGCUCUUGAUUAUAUAAGCUGGGUUUUAAUGUACUUAGUGCUGCAUGUGUGGAUUUUUGAUGCUUGAUUCUGAUCGUGGAAAAGUUAUUCCAUUUUCCAACAUGUUUGAUCCCUAAGGAAGAAGAACAUUACCGUCAAAGUUAAUUUUAAAGAAUGAGGCAAUUGAAUUCUUCUGGCAGGAAAGAGACUGAAGUUAAACAUCCAAUAUUCUUUUCUCUCCUUUUUCUUCUUUCUCUCCUGAAGGUGCUGACUCAUACUGGGAGGUAAAAUUCCACAGGUUUGAGCAGCCCUCUGGCAUCAUUCUGAUAGCCAUUCUUUAUGUGUGAACUUUGAAGUCAUUAAACAGUGAUCAAGUGGCACCCCUGGCUGACUGAAUAUUCUGCUACGGCUGCGUGGGUUGAAGCCAGUUACCCUUACAUGGAAUCUUCCUAGUGUGUGUGGAUCAGUACUACACUCAGGUAGUCUGCAUAACCCACUAGCCCACUGGGGAAGGGUCAUCAGUUGUACAUAGCUUUUUUUGGCUGAAGUCUUUGGUUAAUCAGAGCUUACUUUGCUGAAAUGCAUUCACCAUACCACAGUGACACAGACUGUUGCUUGACCUUCAUGCCAACCUGCACAAAGGACUACAGUGAAUUACAAGUGUGAAAAGCCUGUGCAUGGUGGUGGGAGGGUGGGAUGGGAUUGCCCAACAGUUGUACUAUUCAAGGACCAGCUCUGUUGUUGCACAAAUCGUACAUGGAAAAACCCGCAUGGCCUCCGUCAAUGAGAAUGAAAUCACCAGGAAGGAAGACACAGUAGGUUCAGCUGGAAAAAAAUCCUGUCAGCCCUGGUUUGGUUUGACUUUGCGACAGGCAACGGGGUUGUUGGGUUGCUACACAUUCCAAAAAAAAAACUUUUUUGGAGGUCAGCCUCGCAAAACGUGCAGAGCUAUGUAAAAUUAAAAAUGUUUUUGUAAGAUUGCCUUAUCUGUGUAUUUGAUGAUGUUGCACAAUAUUCAAACUUUUUAACAAUGUGUUGUGUUAUAAAUGAGCCUGUGGGCAUCUCCAAGUCCAUAUGUUUAUUGAAGGCUAUGAUGGGCAAUGCUGUGACCUUGCACCUGUAAAUGGGAGGUCCGGUUUGAUGCUCAACUUCAUGCAUCAGGACUUGGUGAAAAUUGUCCAGUGCAUGUAUAAAAAAAUGCAUCCUUUGUUUAUAUAUUCCAGUAAAAUCUUUUUAUGAGAAUGA